AUGUCUCUUCACAAGAGCCCAUGGCGUUCGCGGCGUUCAUACUUACCGGUAGGCAGUUUGUCUGGCCAGCCUGCUGUCGUGCUCAUCACGAGCUCGGCCCCGCCAGCUCCUCUUGCGCCUCCUCCACCUCCGGCCCCUCCGGCUCCUCCUGCGCCUCCUGCGCCCCCUGUGCUUCCCUCGGGCGUGGUCGACUGGCGCAACAACCCUCCGUUGGACCCUCUCCAGAACGAGGGGUUUUCCCAACCCGCCGCCGCUUGGGAUGAGGACAUGGCGGGUGACGAUGAGGUGAACCACGACGUCGGCAAUUUCCCGAUCCCGUCGUUUUCGGAGGAUCUCAUGCACGACGAGAACGGUCCGCGGUCCAGAGUCGACAGUGCGCCAUCGAGUCCCCGCGCUCGCACAAGUACACACACUCGCAAGGCCCGUACGAUGGGUGAGAAACAAGAUUGGCUCGCGCGGAUGGAGGCGGAGAAACUAUCCGUCCGCCACACGGCACGUCUCGCGGGGGUGCAACCGGUCAAUGUCCGCCGGUGGAUUCGGGUGGCGGAUCGGAUAAAAAACGCGGAGCGCUCCAGGCGGCGCCUCAGCGGUGGCGGGAGGAAGGCUAAGUACCCCAACAUGGAGGCGCACGCCUACAAACGCAUGCUCAACUUCCGCGGCCGUGGCUUGGCCGUGCCGAUUCGCCUCAUCAAGCACUGGAGCAGGGUCUACAUGAAGGCCCACUACUUGGACGUGAGGUGGAUGGCGUCCAACAGGUGGACGUGCCGCUUCCGCGCGCGCCUGGGACUCUCCAUCCGCGUGAAAACGAAGAUUGGGCAACGUCUCGCAAAAGAUGACGAGGAGGCGGCAAAGGUGGCGGAUGCCGAGGAUGCCGGGGACCUCCCUGAGGAGGAGGAGGCGGAGGAGGAUGAGGAGGAGGAGGAGGAGGAGGAGGAUGAGGAGGAGGACGCGGAGGAGGAAGAGGACGAGGAGGAGGCAGGGGAUGAGGAGGAGGCAGGGGACGACGAGGAGGAGGAGGAAGGUGGGCUGGAGGAGAAUGCGGAUGAUGACAUAUCGACCAUGUACGAGGCCUCCACCCAGAGAGCCCCGCCUUCCACAUCGACAUUGUCCCUCUCCCGGUCCACCAAGUCUACGUUAAUCCCCCCCAUGGAAGACGUCGCUCGCAGCAGGAUGACACGGGCAAUACAACUAGCACCAUCUUUAGCCCGCUUUGCCCAAGCACACGCGGAUUCAGUAGGUGCCAACGCGCAAUGCCGCCCGGAAGCCAACGAGGCGGUGGGGGAGGCGGGUCUGGGGGAGGUGUAUCUAUGGGCUGCGGUGGAGAAGGGGGAGGCGUUAUUCACGGCCGCAGAGGCGGUUGACGCAUGGGCGGAGCAGGGCAAGCACUACAGCAGCAGCGCAGGGGCGUGCGUGCAAGGGGAGGACUGUGGCGCAUUCAUUCAACUCACAUGGAGAGACACGAGGAGGGUGGGGUGUGGCGAGGCACUCUGUCCCUACAAGGGAAAUCCCACCAGGCUGGCUCGGUUUCUCGUCUGCAACUACCACCUUCCCGCUGCUGCUCUGCUUCGCCUGCAUUCUGUCCCUACAGGGGCAAUUUCACCGGAGUUGCUCAGUUUCUCGUCUGCAACUACUGCCCACCUGCUGUGUCUCUUUGCUCCCCCAUGCAUCCCCCCAUCCCUCCCCCGUCGCCUCGCCCCAUCCCAUCUACCAUCCCCCCACCAGGCAAUCUGUCCCUACAGGGGCAAUUUCACCGGGGUGGCGCAGUUUCUCGUCUGCAACUACCAUCCACCUGCUACCCUUCUUUACCCUCUUCUGCUCCCAUCCCUCUGCCGUCUCCCCCACCAGGCCCUCUGUCCCUACAGGGGCAAUUUCACCGGAGUGGCGCAGUUUCUCGUCUGCAACUACUACCCUCCCGCUGCUGCUGUUUAG